AUGCACUUCUCCUUCCUCUCCCUCUUCGCCCUCGCUCUCACCGCAACCGGCGCGACCGCGAAGUCUUCCUCGACUACGACCAAGCACGUCAAGACCUGCUCGCCGCCGAAAAGCGACUACCUCUGGAACGUCCUCGCCAACAAGAACCACAACAUCGGCUUCCAGACUUCCUCUGCGACGCAUGUCCGACUCGCGACCCGCGUGACGGACAAGGUCAACACGCAUGAGAACCUGUUGUGGAACGUCGUGCCCGCUUCGAAGGGCGUGCAUCACACCGAGACGACGACCGGCAAAUGCCUGACCAGCCACGGCAAGAACGCCGCCGUCACCCUCGGGUCCUGCAAGUCUCCCUCCGCCGCCUGGGAAAUUAGCUGCACCAAGUGUGGCAAGACCGCUUGCGGUGACGAGUUUGCGGACGAGUGUCUCGUCAAGAGCAAGACGCACAAGGGACAGUGUAUUGCGCGAGGCCUCCGCGAGCUCCCUUGCGACGCCAAGUCGAAGAUCCAGCUCUGGGACUUUACGCUCGCUUAA